AUGCCGUUUUUGCCGUCGCGCCCGACGCUAAGCUUGCGCCCCCCCUCUCUGCCAAUUUACACCUUUUCGAUCCCCCAGCGUCCGCACGCUCCGCCCAUCGAUGACAUCGGUCGCGUCAUUUUUGCGUUCGCCCCGUCCCUAGCUCGUCUCAUCUGCAAUCUCUGGCCCGGCGUCGUGGGUGUGUCUCGAAGUGCACCUCGCUCCCGCCUCAACCGGGUUGUGGCGCCUACACCUGAGACAAUCCAAAUCUCAAACCCUGCCCCUCGCCGCGUCCCCUAA